GAAACGGUUCUCGGCCUUCCAGCGCUUAGAUUAGCUAGGGUGUUCUCUAUGGAAGCCAUCCACCUUGCCAGCAACACUUGGUCACGGUGGCCGCAACGUAGCCUAACCCGUUCUUCUUUAUAAACCACACAGUCAAUCUCAUCCAGAACAACCAACCAACCAUGGGCAAAUCUCAGAGCAAACUUUCACCGGAGCAACUCGCAGAUCUACAAAAGAACACUUAUUUCGACAAGAGAGAGCUACAGCAAUGGUAUAAGGGCUUUCUCAAGGAUUGUCCAUCCGGCCAGCUGGACAAGACUGAAUUCAGUCGUAUAUAUAAACAAUUCUUUCCAUUCGGGGACCCAGGAGAUUUUGCAGACUACGUCUUCAACGUAUUUGACGAGAACAAAAAUGGUACUAUUGACUUCAAGGAGUUCAUAUGCGCUCUCAGUGUCACGAGCCGCGGCCGAUUAGACGAGAAGCUCAAGUGGGCUUUUCAGUUGUACGAUAUAGACAAAGAUGGUUUCAUCACCUAUGAUGAGAUGUUACAGAUCGUAACGUCCAUAUACAAGAUGACUGGACAAAUGGUCAAACUUCCUGCCGAUGAGGAUACUCCUGAAAAGCGAGUAGAUAAGAUCUUCAGGAAUAUGGACCGAGACAAGGACGCACAGCUCACGUACGAUGAAUUCGUCGAAGGCAGUAAACAAGACCCGACUAUCGUUCAGGCAUUAUCGCUAUACGACGGUCUCGUAUGAUCAUGAUGCUGGCAUUCAUCUAAAAUUUUCUCCUAAUAUACUUUCCUGUGUAUUCCAGAUGCAUCUUGUGGGUCGUUCAGCUCACGGAAAUCAAGACCAAGCCUUUCGCACACUAUACUUUACUCU